AUGUCUUCGAAUAUUUCUACCGAUGAUGAUUACUCCUUAGACCCGACCCAGCCUCUGCGUGACAUUGUUGUUUGCUGCACCAGCAUUCCCACCGAGCAGCGGACCGAUAUCGACCAAAAGGUUGGCGAGCUUGGAGGGGUGCAUAAAUAUGAUCUCACGCCUGAUGUCACGCAUCUCAUUGUCGGCGACUAUGACACGCCAAAGUACCGUCAUGUCGCUCGAGAACGACCCGAUAUAAAGGCCAUGGACGCCGCAUGGAUGGACGAAAUUGCAGAGCUAUGGAGGUUUGACCAUGCAAUCAAUCUACGGCAACUGGAAGAGAAAUACAAGUUGCGGCCUCUGGAUAAAUGCGGCCGUGAGCCGCGAGCGGAAGACAACCCGACCCCGGAGCAAGACUCUUUACUCGUAUGCCUUACUGGCUUUGGCGACCAACGCGACCAGAUCGCAGAACGCAUCACAACCAACGGGGCUCGAUACACUGGCGAUUUGACUAGAAAGUGCACGCAUCUGAUUGUCAGCGCACCUGAAGGCAAAAAGUUUACCGCGGCGAGAGCCUGGGGCGUUCGCACCGUAACUCUGGCUUGGCUUGACCAGAGCAUUGAGCGUGGCAUGAUUCUGGACGAGGCCAAAUUCGAUCCGCUACUCCCAGCGGAAGAACAAGGCGUCGAUGCGUGGGUCAAGAAAGAUCCGCGCAGGAAGUCCUCUGGCAAGCGAUCUAGAUCAUCCGGCUCGACGGUACCCGAAGACGGCGUUCGAAAGCUGCGCAAGACGGCUAGCAUGAAACUCAACACACAGCGAAAUAAUCUUUGGGAUAACAUUCUUGGACGCUCCGAUUCAAAGGAAUACUCAUUCAGCGAGGGACGCGCUGAGGCCCCGUCUGCCGUGCCGGAAAAGCCAGCUCUGGCACAACCAGAUGGAAUCUUCGCUAACUGCCUAUUCUUCAUCCACGGCUUCCGCUCUCAGCAGACAGACAUCUUACGUCAGACAAUAAAGUCUCUAGAUGGCACGAUUGUGGCGUCUCUCGAGGAGGCUGCCGUCUCACUAACAGCAGAACCGUGCUGGCGCUUCCUCAUCGUGCCCCAAAACUCGCAGCCCGAUGCACAUCCACAAUCGCAACAUAAUAAUCUGCACAUUGUUACCGAAUUUUAUAUUGAACGCUGCCUACAAAAUAAGCAAUUCUUUCACCCCGACGAUCACGCUCUAGGGCGGCCAUUUCCGUCGUUUCCUAUUCCUGGGUUCAGCUCCUUGACUAUCUGCAGCUCGGCGUUUACUGGACUCGAGCUCAACCAGGUUGCUCGAAGCAUAAAGCAACUUGGUGCGACAUUCGAAGAAAAUUUCCGCAAAGACACCAGUCUUCUGGUAUGUCCCUCGCUUGAAUCCAUGCGCAAAGAUAAAUUGCGAUAUGCCGUGGAAUGGGGCGUUCCGAUUGUAUCAGCAGAGUGGUUAUGGGAAUGCAUCAAUACUGGGUUCAAAGUCCCACCUGAGGAUUUUAUCUUUCCGGCGCUGAGGGCACGGUACGCCAACAGAGCCGGGCAGGGCACCAAAACGGGGAAAGAACAAGAAACAGCACAACCCAAGCCAACGACAAAACCCAGCGCAUCGCGCCCACCCGGAGGAGCGGGCAUGGACCCAACGGCAUUCGACAGAGAUACUCCCGAGAGGCCACGGACUAAGAUGAGAAGCGCGCGGCAUGAGGAAUCAACAACAUCGGCCGACUUUGCCACGGCACUUUCACACCCAGAACCGACUCGACGCCAAGCCACGCCGCUAUCUGAACUGUCAUCAGCGUCGGUGAACAAGUCGCCGUCCCCAACCAAGACGCUUGCCGCACAGCUCCCACGACACAAGUCUGACCCGACUGGGAAUGUCGAAAACGAAAAGCAGCCGGCGGAUAGAUUGCCAUCUGCGCCGCCAGCCGUCCGCCGCGACGCUAGCCCUGACGAAGGCAGGAACCAAAAGGAGCGAGAUGAUGAUCGACGUGCUCUACGAGCUGCAGAAAGGCAGCAGCUUACAUCCCAGUUUAUGAGCGUGCUGCAAAAGCCCGAGGGCCAACCGGCUCUGGACAUGGAUUUGGCCGCCGCGGGAACGGCGCCGAGCCACCGGCCGCGCAAGCGCCAAAUUCUCGGCCGUGCAAUCAGCAACGUAUCUAAUGCCAGCAGCGGUAGCGGACCCGCGCCAGAGUCAUUACGGUCGGCGUCUGCGAUUGGCGUCGAGGCAGAAGAUGGCUUCAGCGAGGAGCGUCAGCCACCGGCAACCCAGCUGGAGUAUGGUGAUCCCGACGCGCAGAAGCGCAAGGCCCAGCUCAUGAGCCGCAUGAUGGAGCAGCCUGUGGGUGGUGACGAGCAAGCAUCAGCCGCGACGGAAGGGAGGACGCUUAGGAAGCGAACUUGA